AAUUGAGGCGGAUGAGCUGAAGGGCGACGCAGACGAGGGGCACCUUGACUCGAUGGAUCUCCUCCGCCUCUCGCUCUCGCUCCUCCUCCUCUCGCUCUCGCUCCUCCUCCUCUCCUCGGCGGCGAUUGCCUCCUCCUCCGGCGCGGCGGACGAUGCCAAAGAGGAUCAGCUGAUCCUGCAGGUGGUGGACGCCGUGGAGGACGAGGCGUCAGGGCUUAGCGCGGAGGCGCACUUCGCCGGCUUCGUAAGGCGGUUCGGGAAAACCUACGCCGACGAGAACGAGCGUGCUCAUCGCUUCAAGGUGUUCAGGAAGAACCUCCUCCGGGCGGCGCGGCAUCAGAUGCUGGACCCCACCGCCACCCAUGGAGUCACCAUGUUCUCCGAUCUAACUCCAGCAGAGUUCCGACGCGCCUACCUCGGUCUCCGCCGCCCGUCUAUGACUUCUUCCCCCGAGGCGCCCAUCCUUCCGACCAACGACCUGCCUACAGACUUCGAUUGGAGGGACUAUGGAGCCGUCGCCGCCGUUAAGAAUCAGGGGUCGUGUGGAUCGUGCUGGUCCUUCAGCACCGCAGCAGCCCUGGAAGGAGCACACUUUAUGGCUACUGGAAAACUGGAAAGCCUCAGUGAGCAGCAGCUAGUUGAUUGCGAUCAUGAGUGCGAUUCGGACGAACCAGAUGCAUGCGACCAGGGAUGUAAUGGCGGUUUAAUGACUACUGCAUUCAAGUAUUUACUCAAAGCUGGUGGGCUUCAGCGUGAGGAAGACUACCCUUACACUGGAACCGACCGAGGUGGUUGCAAGUUUGACAAGUCCAAAAUUGUUGCUUCAGUUCAAAACUUCAGUGUUGUCUCUGUUGAUGAAGAUCAAAUUGCUGCUAAUUUAGUGAAACAUGGCCCUCUCGCAAUUGGUAUAAACGCCGUGUACAUGCAAACCUAUAUCGGAGGUGUUUCGUGCCCUUAUAUUUGUGGACGGCAUUUGGAUCAUGGGGUGCUGCUGGUGGGUUAUGGUUCUUCCGGAUACGCCCCAAUCCGCCUCAAGAACAAGCCUUACUGGAUAAUAAAGAACUCCUGGGGAGAGAGCUGGGGUGAGAAUGGGUAUUACAAGAUCUGCAAGGGUCGGAACGUCUGUGGUGUGGAUUCCAUGGUCUCCACAGUUACUGCAGUUAACAUUCAACAAGAUCAGUGAUCAUUUGCUCUAGUGCAUGUAUUAUAGUUCCAUAUGCAGACUUUCUAUUUGCAUGGGUUAUCUUUAUGCUGCUUGAAAAUGUUGCAAGUUAAAUACCUGGUGUAGGUGUCUAUGUGGCUAUGCCAAUUCCUAGAAUCACAUGAUCUCUGUCAUUAGGUAUGUUUUCUAGUUUGCUAUGUUAUCUGUAUAUAUUAAUUAAUAAUGACUAGUGCAGCUCUACAGUUCUAUAUCA